UGCCAUGAAUCUCUCCAAUAUCUAAACUUGGAGUGGAGCUGCGAUACACUUAUAUCCUUUCCUCUGGAAAUUUUCCCCUCACUUAAAGAUAUUCAGUUGUCGGGGAUUAAAAAUUUGGAACAUCUUGCCAAUUCAGACAGUUCAUCACUUCUCCAUUCGAUGGCCAUUUGUAAUUGCCCUGAAUUUAGAUCUUUCCCUGCGGGAGGAUUGGCUGCCCCAUCCCUCACUUCAUUAGAGUUGUAUAAUUGCUGUCAUCUAAAGUAUCUACCAGAAAACAUGCAGGCUCUCCUUCCUUCGCUUCGGUCACUGACAAUAUCCUUAUGUCCACAACUCGAGUCAUUUCCCGAGAGGGGUUUACCCUCCAAGUUGGUCUCGCUUUCACUCUCUAAUUGUGACAAGCUCAUCACUGGCUGCAAGGAUUGGGGUCUUCAAUCGCUAUGCUCUCUUGAAACUUUUUCCAUUGGGGAACAGAAAAAUAUAGAGUCAUUUCCUGAGAUAGGGCUUCUGCCAACCUCUCUUACCUCUCUGCAUAUCUCUUUCUUUGAGAAUCUGACGUCCCUGAACUCCAGAGCGCUUCAUAGCCUGAGCUCCCUUGAAAACCUCUCCAUUAUCGGAUGUCCUAAGCUCCAUUCCUUCCCAAAAGAGGGACAAAUUCUGCCCGCUUCUCUUACCUCUCUGUCGAUUUAUUUUACAGGUCUAAAAUCACUGGAUAACUUAGGGCUCCACCACCUCACUUGUCUCAAAGAAUUUCGCAUAGAUUUCUGCUUCAAUCUUCGAUCCAUGCCAGCGGAGGGCUUGUCAUCCUCCCUUUCCAAUCUAUUUAUCAAUAAGUGCCCUAUGCUGGCGAAAAGAUGCCAGCGGAAGAAAGGGAAAGAUUGGCCCCUAGUUUCGCACAUUCGCUGCAUCGUGAUUGAAGGACAUACUUCGGUCACUCUGUGCUAUCCUUCCAGCUAAUGCAAAUCGAAAUCUGGCGUGUGUGUUGGACCGUUUCCCUAAUGUAUCUCCGGCUGAAGCACUCGACGUCGCAUGGCGCAAUGUGAGCUGCAGCCGGUAGCCGGUGCGCGGCAAUACGUCCAAUUUUUGGUUGUUUGAGGAUUAGCGGGAGCUCUAAUUAAGGAAAGGUCCUGCCAAUUCUACUACUUCUGCGGAGAGUAGUUGAAUUACCGAGAGGGAAGCUUGGAAGCUAUCCGAGCGGCCUGUUGUGGCAAUCGGUUGACGCCUGCUCAGUAGCAGAGGAGAGUUUCAAAAGUGGAGGGGACAAGCAUAGGAAAUUCGUGCAAAAUCUCGGUUUAUGAGAUGGGGAUGCGGACAGAGAUUUUUGGUGAAAUUUAAAAGAAGAUAGCAUAGGAAGUAGAAAAUGUGCCGAACACCUAGCAGGUGGGCCGGGUGGGUUUGGGGCAUGCGGAGAACGCAGACCGGAUAUUUAGAAGCAAUAACUAUUGUACAAGCAUCUUCUCGAAUGUGAGCUUUGCAGACUGGAUUGGUAUCUGGCAGGUUUAUAUCUUCACCGGGAUGAAGAAGAAUUGCAAAGAGAGAGAUCAUAGAGAAGCAUCAUUUGAUUAUUUACCUGUUGCUCUUCUUUUUCCCAGUGGGUACAUGCAUCUGUUGUUUGCAGUGUUAUUAGCCGGGGAUGUCAGCAUUUCCUAGUCAACUCAGUCUGAGAUCUGGUGCUUUAGCAGCAAACUAGUUAAGUUCUACCAUGAAUGGAGUUCAUUUGGUUGUAUCUACCUUAAAUGUUAAGUUGUCAUUCCCUGGCAGAAUUACGUGAAAAGAAGUAGAUGUUUGUUUCUCUUUGUGAGGGAGAAGUUUCAAUGUCUGAGUCCGGUUAAUUAGAUUCCUAGGGCUUGACAAUGAUUGGUCACUGCACUGCACUGAAGCCUGUUAUUUGACAGGAAUCUCUUCCUCAUCCUCUUCUUCUUCCUCCAUUUCUUUGGACUGUUGGAGCAGAUUUUCUAGUGAUAUUUUUUAUGUGUUUACUGAUUAUCUAAGAUGCACAGUUAAGCAUU